CGGUUACAUUUUCCACACGGGCACAUUUGCAACGGACCAAAGCUAAGCGUCAGGCGAAAUGGAAGUGAAAAACGCUAACGCUGCUAUGCUCAGUAACUAUGAGGUGUUCAAACUCCUGACGGACCUGAAGGAACAGAGGAAGGACAGCGGGAGGAACAAACACAGCAUCGGGCAGCAGAACCUCAACACCAUCAUGUAUGAGACGCUGAAGUACCUGUCGAAGACGCCCUGCUGCAGGCAGAGUCCAGAGAUCGUCAAAGAAUUCCUCACCACCAUGAUGCCUCACAAACUCACAAAGGCAGAAAAACUGCAGCUACUGAACCACCGGCCACAGACAGCAGUGGAAAUUCAGCUAAUGGUGGAGGAGAGUGAGGAGCGGCUGUCAGAGGAGCAGAUCGAGGAGCUCAUUCAGACAAUCGCAGACGUCCUACCUGGCGACCCUGAGCAGGAGAACACAGCUCCAGCAGAUGCAGAGAUGGAUGAAGCUGCUGAGCAGUCAUGACACAGUGACGGGCCACAAAUGACCCACAGGUGGAGAACUGGCCUGGUUCCCUUUGCCUGUGAUGCAAGAUGGCUUUUCUGUGUGCCAUUUUGCAUCAGUUUGAACUGAACAACAUGCUGACAGAGGGAAGCACAAUGGCGUCCUGGCUCAUUGCCAUUAAAAUGAUUCAUUAAAUAAUUCAUAUUAAGGUAGAUCAUUUAAUGAAUGGAGGAAGAUUGUUUUUGUAUUCACAUGCACAUGCUUUCAUAAGAACCGGUUUUCAGACUGUGAGUCACUCAUGUCUUGUUUUGCAUCUGACUGGUCUAAUUUGUAUUUCACAUCAGAUAAUGUUCAUGCAGAGACAGUCUGCUCUUAACUUGGUAUAUUUUUGGUUUCUGACUCAAUUUUAGUUGUCAGUUUCUACCGUGGUGUGUAGAAAUAAGGGUUUUUACUGCUGUGUGAUCUCCCAAGCUGUAAUAUAAGUCAGUCAUGCAUUUAAACUUUGGUAUAGCACUAACAUGAGGUUAGACAGUAUCAUUAGAGCAGCUAUGUAAUAACAAAGAGAGCAGACCGUGUGCACCAAGAGGUGAUUGUUGUCUUUUAUUCAUUCAGUCUUUUUUAAAACACACUGAUCUUUUCCUUCUGUGGCUGCAUUAAACAUAACAGCUGAAA